UCGAGUAACAGAGACAACGACGUUACUCUCCCCAUGGCUUCCCUCAUCUCAUGCUUUCUACUUAUCUUAUACUCCACCUACAACAUUGUUGCCUCAUCCGAAUCUCGGUGUCGGCGUUACAAAUCGAUCAUCAGCUUCGGUGAUUCAAUUGCCGACACUGGAAAUUAUCUACGUCUAUCCGACGCCAAGAAUCUUCCUCCAGUGGCAUUUCUUCCUUAUGGUGAAAGCUUCUUCCAUCCUCCCUCUGGCCGUGCCUCCGAUGGCCGUCUCAUCAUCGACUUUAUCGCUGAAUUCUUGGGACUACCGUACGUACCGCCUUACUUCAGAUCCCAAAACGUUAGCUUCAACCAAGGGAUCAAUUUCGCCGUGUAUGGAGCAACCGCCUUAGAUCGUGCGUUUCUUUUGAAACAAGGAAUCAAAUCUAUUUUCACCAAUAUUAGUCUUAGUGUUCAGGUUAACACCUUCAAGAAGGUUUUACCUAACCUCUGUGCCUCUCCUACUCAUGAUUGCAGAGUGAUGCUUGGAGACUCGCUUAUACUCAUGGGAGAGAUUGGAGGGAACGACUAUAAUUACCCAUUCUUCGAAGGAAGAAGUAUUAAUGAAAUCAAAAAGCUGGUUCCUCUCGUUAUCAAAGUUAUUUCUUCUGCAAUUGUGGAUUUGAUCGAUCUAGGGGGGAAAACGUUUCUUGUCCCUGGAAACUUCCCAAUAGGAUGUUCCACUGCGUAUCUUACUCUAUUUCAGACCGCGAAAGUAGAACACGACCCUUUCACAGGUUGUAUCCCAUGGCUCAAUGAAUUUGCAAUUCACCACAACGAACAGCUUAAGACAGAACUCAAACGACUCCAGAAUCGAUAUCCACAUGUCAAUAUCAUUUACGCCGACUACUACAACUCCUUAUACCGUUUUUUCCAAGAACCAGCUAAAUACGGGUUUAAGAACCGACCUUUGGGUGCUUGCUGUGGAGUCGGAGGUCAAUACAACUUCACUAUCGGUAAAGAGUGUGGAGACAAAAGAGUUAGCUAUUGUCAAAAACCUUCAGAGUAUGUGAAUUGGGAUGGUUAUCAUUUAACCGAAGCCGCAUACCGGAAGAUGGCUCAGGGUUUACUCAACGGUUCUUAUGCAAUUCCUGCUUUCGACUGGUCCUGUCUUGACUGAGUUGACUUUGGUUCAGUGAAUAAAUAUGAUAAGUUAAUUUUUUAAAUAAUUGGUUGAAUCUCUUGUGAUUGGUCUAUGAGUAUAUUACGGUUAUUAAAGACGAGAGAUUCGCCCGUGUGUAUUCCAUGCA